CCUUACAGUACGAGUUCAAAGCCAAGAACAUCAAGAAGAAGAAAGUGAGCAUCAUGGUGUCAGUGGAUGGAGUGAAGGUGAUUCUGAAGAAGAAGAAGAAGCUUCUUCUGUUGCAGAAAAAAGAGUGGACAUGGGAUGAGAGCAAGAUGCUGGUGAUGCAGGACCCCAUCUAUAGAAUCUUCUACGUCUCCCAUGACUCACAAGACCUUAAGAUCUUCAGCUACAUUGCGAGAGAUGGUGCCAGCAACGUCUUCAGGUGUAAUGUCUUCAAAUCCAAGAAGAAGAGCCAGGCUAUGCGGAUCGUGCGCACAGUGGGCCAGGCCUUCGAGGUGUGUCACAAGCUGAGCCUGCAGCACACGCAGCAGAAUGCGGACGGCCAGGAGGAUGGUGGCAGCAGCAGUGAGCAGCACAGCAGCAGCUCCGGAGAGCCAGGCCGCCAGCUCACAGGGGCCGAGCAGGCCUCCCUGGUCACUGCGGAGGAGACAGACAUCGACGCUGUGGAGCUCCCUUUGCCUGGGAGCGACGCCCUGGAGUUCAGCCGUGGUGUCACUGACCUGGACGCUGUUGGGAAGGAAGGAGGCUCCUCUGUGGACACCCAGGUGCCAGCCCACACCCAGGAGCCUGUACUCAGUGCCUCGCCUCGGAUGCUGCUGCCCCCCACAGCCCCCACACAGGCUGCGGGGACCCCACUGUCCAGCCAUCACCAGAUGCAGCUCUUGCAGCAGCUCCUGCGGCAGCAGCAGCAACAGACUCAAGUGGCCGUGGCCCAGGUGCACCUGCUAAAGGACCAGCUGGCGGCAGAGGCAGCGGCGCGGCUGGAGGCACAGGCGCGUGUGCACCAGCUCCUGCUGCAGAAUAAGGACAUGCUGCAGCACAUCUCUGUGCUGGUCCGCCAGGUGCAGGAGUUGGAGCUGAAGCUGUCAGGACAGAAUACCAUGGGCUCCCAGGACAGCCUGCUGGAGAUCACCUUCCGCUCAGGGACACUGCCUGUGCUGUGUGACCCCACGACCCCCAAGCCAGAGGAACUGCUCUCACCACCCCCUGGUGCCGGCCUGGGGCCUCCAGCAGGCAGCCCCCUAGGUAGGCGUGAGCGCUGGGUGCAGUUGGAGUGCUUCCGCUUCCCCCCAGCUCAGGAUGCCCUGGGGGGGGCUGACACCCCACUCCCCAGUGGCCUGGAGCUCUUCAAGUUCCGGGAGUCGGGCAUCGCCUCAGAGUAUGAGUCCACCACGGACGAGAGUGAGGAGCGUGACUCCUGGUCCCCUGAGGAGCUGCCUCGCCUGCUACAGGGGCUGCAGAGGCAGGAGCUAGGUGACAGCCUGGAGGAUGAGGUGGCUGUGUAGGACCUGGGCCUGAAGGGCCUUUGGAUAGGGAGGCAGUAGGGAGCUCUGGGAUUUGGGGCAAGCCUACACCCUAACUGCAAAAGCAACACCUCCAGGGAAGCUGUCGGUACCUCCUCAGGUCCUUCGUGUUUGGGUAUCAGAUGCUCCCAGGCCUUUGGGAUUGGGUCUCCAUAGAGCCCCUCCAGGUGUGAUGGGAAGACUCUGGGGUAGGGAAAAGGUAGCCAUGACAGCCCUGGAGGUGGAGUGUGGCUGGAUGUGCUGGUGUAGAACUAGAUUCAAGCACUAUCUUCUACUAGAGGAGAGUGUGGUUUCCAAAGCCACUGGAGGGACCUUCACCUGGGGCUGGGACAGGACAGCUCUCCGCUGCCACCAGGGUCCACGUGUGGCUCAUCUGGCAGCCCUGUUCUGGAAUCAGGCGACAUCACUUAUGGCUUUGGCAGCUCAGCACUAUCUCUUGCGUUGUACAGUGUAGUCGGAUCUUACUGCAAAAAGACACACGUGGGCUAGUGGCCCCACCACUGGUGUCACAGUCCAGUGUCACUGCCAGCAGCAUUGGGGUCUUCACCACACUGUCUGGAACACCUGUCAGUGUGCCCUGAGUUGGGGCUGCACCCCUCCUGGCCAGGGUAGGUUGCCUGACAGAUGCUCGGUGUGACAAUUGCAUGGGCCCAGAAAGUAAACAUCCUUCCACCUUACAUGGCUUUAGAAUCUGGAUCUGUGAAGGUGCAGCCCUUUCUCCCAUGGCUGCCUCCCCUUCUGGACUGGAAACAAACAAGGAGACUUGAACCAGCAGGAGGUGGGUGGCAGUGGAUCAGGGUGUGUGUCUGUGGAUGUUUCCUUGUCUGAGUGUGUCCAAGCCCGUGUGUGUGAGUGUAGACGUGUGGGCUUGCAGGGAGGAGAGAGUGAGGGUUUUGUGUAUGUGUGUCCUUCAGUCAAGUCAAGGUGUGUCCUUUCUGAGCCCGACUUUGCCAGUUCGUGAUGGCUUCGCUGCUUUUUUCUAUUUUUUCUGAUUGGCACCUGAAAGGAGGCCCAGGAAUGAGACCCAAAUGGCAGUGGUCAGGAAUGGAGUUCAUGGAGCCCUCGAUGACCUCCUCACCUGUGAGCACCUCUUGGAUAGUUAGAAUUGGCGUGUUCAGGGUGUGGAUGCUCUGGCUUCUCCAAGUCCCAGGGUUUAAAGUCAGAAGCUGGAGGUGAUUGGAGAACAUAGAUAUAUAUGGUGGGAGAGUAAUGGGGGGGGCCGGAGAUGUCUCUGGAAGGGUCUGGAAAAGCUGACCCAGGGAGGAGGAUGAAAGAACUGGUGAGACUCAUUACUGUGGAACUGUGUGGGGACCUACUCAGGACAGUUGGGGUCUCCCUGCUCCCCCCAGGACCAUACAGGGCACCCAAGGACAUUUAUAGGAGUCCUGAAGGGUCCCAGCCUCACAGCCUCUGGGGCAGAAAUAAGGAUGCCGUUGAACUGAUGUCCUGGCAUUGUCACCUGCUCCCUACCCCCUCUGCUAACUCCACUCCUGCUUCUCUGUCUUCUGCUCUGCUCUGCUUGGAGGACAAGUGGACACCAGGCCCCUGGCUGUGUUGGCACCUGCCCCGCACCUCUAUGGGGCAGCAGAUUCUGGGGGUAGAGACUGUUCUGGCCAUUGGGCCUGGCUGGCGGCAGGGGGGUGGGGGGAGAGACUGAAUACCUGUCCCCUACACUGUCCCUCCUUCCUUUUCCCCUGCCUGAUCAUACAUCCUCCCAUCCCCCGUUCCCCCUCCUCCUUCCCCCCCCACAUUAGUCCCUAGUCCCCUGUCCUCCCCACUAACCCUGUGGGAUCAGCUCUCUGGGAAAUGACCGAGGUACUGUAAGUGCACUUACUUUGGUGGCUUUUACUAAAUAAACCUGUCUUUUUUUCUAACUGCUUUCUCACUGUCUCUUUUUCUUGCUGCCUGUCUCUCCCCUCCGCUCACUUUUAACAGCCUCUCCAGCCAGGGAGAUGGGGGGUAUUCUUAGUGAUACCAGGGAAUCCCAGAGUUGGUGUUUAGAGGAGUCACAUGUCCCCUCCGAUGUGGGGAGAUAGGAAUGAGUGCUCAGGCCAGUCCCAUCACCCACAAUUAUCCAGCCUGGGGUAUCAACACUGCUUAUACAGGGGGGCCUGAUUUUGCAGGGGGUGGUGGACCAGCAGAAGCAGCCUGCUACACAAUACCAUGGCAGAAACUUCCAGAAACCUUUACUCUGGGGACUGAGCAAUCUUUUGUUCAGAUUAGAGGUACUGACCUCCUUCUGUAGUCACCAGUGCACCCAGCUUCUAGGCGGCUUUUGGAGAUCCCACCCUUGGAGAAAGAGCAUAGAGGGCCCAACCAGGAAGCCAGAGUCUCAGACACCCCCAUAUAGGGGUGAGGGGGGUGUGGGGCAGAAACACCUCUAGCAUUUCUGAUUCACAGCCAAGUAGGGCUUAGGAUGCUCCUUCUAGAACAUUCCCCUGGAAAACCAGGACAGGGAGGCAAAUGCUGGGAGUGAACAGGGCCACAUAAGGGGUUGAGCUUAAGUGCAUUUAUUGACCUCUCUCUAAAGAUGUAUAAC